UAAUUAUAUAAAUGGCGGCAGAAACAAAUCCAAAUUACUAUCAACCAGUGGAGAGGCACGGGCAUACUACUGUACAGGUAGGAGACUACCUGUACAUGUGGGGUGGAAACCAGCCUGGCCUCCCUGAAGUACAUGAUAGUGAAGAGAAGAAAUCAAUCUGUUCUGUAGUGGAAGUGUGUAACUUAGCCACUGGUAUGUGGGUACAAAAGCCUACCACUGGCACCCCUCCACUUGGUGUUGAUGGCUAUUCUGCAGCUGUCAUUAGAAAUGAAAUAUAUUUCUUUGGAGGACUGUGUCAUCAUGAUAAAUGUUAUCACAAUAGUUUGUACAGUUUUAAUGUUGACACCUUAAAUUGGAAAGAGCUCUCUCCUACUACAUCUCAUGGUGGCCCUAUGAUGAAAGCUCAAUCCGGUAUGAUACCGCUCCAUCUUAACGGUGAGGACUAUCUUGCAGUAAUUGGUGGACGUAGACAAUCUUCUGUUAAUACUCCACUACAACCUGGUGCUGAAUAUAUUGAUUGUAUUUACUUCAGAUGUAAUGAGAUUCAUUUAUAUAAAAUAUCUUCAGGUGAAUGGAUCUCUCCAACCAUUACUGGAGAUAGACCACCUCCUAUUAGUGCCUUCACUUUAACAUCAAUAACUAACAACAGUGCUAUACUGUUUGGUGGUUACACUGCUGAUGGAACAAGUGACAAACUGUACAUUAUUGAAUUUAGCAGGAUGUCAGUGGAUAUAUCAGAAAUAUCUAAUCCAGGAGGAUCAGUAGAAUGGCCUGAGGGGAGAUGUGCUCAUACCAGUGUAUUGAUUAAUGGUACUUCAGGACCACACUUACUAGUGGUGGGUGGAUAUUUUGCCUAUGAUUCUUGGAUAUAUAAUAUAAACAAGAGGAUUUGGAAGCAACUGUAUGUACCAUUAACUGUCAGUGAAAGAUGUCAUCAUUCUUUCUCGAUGUGGAAUGUGACACCAACCAUUAACUGGGCAAUAGAAUUUGGUGGUUGCAGAGUUGGCAGUGGCUGGUUACAAAUCAGUGAUAUGAUAGUUAUUGAAUUGAGAUAUGCUGCUAAUAAUGAUUGGUUUACUAGUAUAAUACCUCUGGACCAAUAUCAAUGGAAACUACAAGAAAAGAGAAGAGAAUUGGAAGCAUUUCAACCUGUUCAACCUGAGGAUAGAAGAGAAAUAGUGCAUCUAAUGGAUGUACUGCAAGAAAGGGCAAGAGAACUACAGGAACAAAUUCAACUUCAAUCAAGAGUAAGGGAAUAUCAGGAAAGAGAGCGACAGCUUCGACAGCAGUUAGAAGAUGCCCAGCAAAGAGAGCAAAAUUUUCAGGAGCAGUUUCGAGAGCAAGACCAGCUACUUCAAGAAAGAGAGAGGCAAAUCCAAGAGGGCAGGGAGAUAGAACAGGAUCUUCAGCAACAGCUUCAACAAGUUCAAGAAAGAGAGAGAGGCCUAGAGCAACAACUAAGAGAGAGAGAUAGACAAGAGAGAGAAUCUUCUUGGGUAGUUAGCAGAAACGAUAUUAGAAUGACAGAAAGGAUUCUAGGCAGAGGAGGAUGGGGAGAGGUCAGAGUAGCUCGUUUCCAUGGACUGCAAGUUGCUGCAAAGGUACUUCAUGAGGCCAUUAUAUCAGAAUAUAACAUAUCACUGUUCUCUCGUGAAAUGAAUAUUGCUUCUAAAAUACGUCAUCCUAACCUCCUUCAAUUCAUAGGAGCCACUACAGAGGGUAAUCCAAUCAUCUUGACAGAGCUAAUGCCGACCAGCCUAAGAAAGGAAUUAGAAACUGGAGGACUGGCCUAUCCUGCCAUACUGAGCAUCAGUUUAGAUGUAGCCUGUGCUCUCAAUUACCUUCAUCUCUUUAAGCCUCAUCCUAUAUUACACAGAAAUGUCAGCAGUGCUAAUGUACUCCUACAACCAAUGGGAGUUGAAUGGAGGGCUAAAGUAUCAGACUAUGGAUCAGCUAAUCUUCAACCUCUCAUUGGCAGGACCACUAAUUCUGUCUAUUCAGCACCUGAAGCAGCCAAUCCAAGGGAACACUCUCCUUCAAUGGAUGUCUUCAGUUAUGGUGUCCUCCUUCUAGAGAUGAUAACACGACGUAUUCCUCUACCAGAAGAGAGAGUAGGUCUUAUUGAUGGUAUUAGAAGAGCUUCAUUUAGGUCUCUUGUCCAGCGUUGCCUGAUAGUUGAGUAUAGACGCCGUCCAACAAUGAGUGUUAUUAUAACUGAACUAAAUGAAACCAUUUAUUGAUUAAAUUCUAAUAGUUUUGUUUUAGUUUUUAGCUAUAGCAGGAUAUUCUUCUCAUUGUAUUUUGAGAUUAUGAUUAUUAUUA